CAAAAAAAAAAAAGGGCCUUCCUUACAGCAGCACCUCAACUUGUCUAAAAGUACUCAGCUUCCGACAGUUAAUAUAAGGAGCCAGUCAAAACACAAGAAUCCCAUAACUUCUGGAAGGCAUGGCGUUGGCUUUGCCACCACUCAAUUUCAAACCCCAAUGCUCCUCCUCCUCAUCUUCCUCCUCUUCUUCCACCAACUACCGCCCUGCUGUCAUCCUUCCAGGGUUAGGGAAUAAUACUGGUGACUACAAGAAGUUGGAGUUGACCUUGCAAGAGUAUGGAGUACCUACUGUUGUUGCUAAGGUUUCAAGAAUUGAUUGGCUGAGGAAUGCAGCUGGCUUGGUGGACCCCAACUACUGGAAAGGCACUCUGCAGCCUAGGCCUGUUCUUGACUGGUAUUUGAAGAGGGUUGAUGAUGCAGUUCAAGAAGCAAAGGAAUUAGCACAGGGUGGGACAUUAUCAUUGAUUGGACACUCAGCUGGAGGAUGGCUAGCACGUGUUUACAUGGAAGAAUUUGGAUUCUCUCACAUCUCCUUGCUUCUGACUCUUGGUACUCCCCACUUGCCUCCUCCGAAAGAUUUGCAAGGGGUCAUUGAUCAAACAAGGGGUCUACUUUAUUAUGUUGAAAAACACUGCAAAAAGGCUGUCUAUACACCUGAGCUGAAAUAUGUAUGUAUUGCAGGAAGGUAUCUUCAGGGAGCUCGCCUUGUUAGUGACUCAAAGCUGGAUGCUGAUUCUGUGGUUAGCAUCGAUCCUGACCAACCAAUUUCAGAUGUUGCUGUUGUUAAAAAUAAGACUGAUUCAACCUCUGUUUCUACAACCUUUCGUGCUCGCUUUGUUGGUCAAGGGUACAAGCAGGUUUGUGGACAGGCAGAUGUAUGGGGUGAUGGAGUUGUACCAGAAGUAUCAGCUCAUCUAGAAGGAGCACUCAACAUUAGCUUGGAUGGAGUCUACCACUCACCAGUUGGUUCAGAUGAUGUAUCAAGACCAUGGUAUGGUUCUUCCCCUGUUGUAGAGCAAUGGAUACAUCAUCUCCUCAAUUAAUCUAGUCUAAGAUACUCAAAUGCUGAAGAAAAUGUCUAUUAAUAUAUAUUGAUUGCCAAUGGAGUUCUUGCUCCUAAUAUUUUUUUCUGGCUACUUGCUAAUA